UGAAAGACAUAAAAGAAGAUCAUGGGGAAUUCUUAUGCAGGGCAACUGAAAUCUGCCCGUUUUGAAGAAGCUCUUCAUAACUCCAUAGAGGCCUCCCUCAGAUGUAAUAGUGUGGUUCCUCGGCCCAUCUUCUCCCAACUCUAUCUUGAUCCUGAGCAGCCUCCUAUUUUGCCGGAAGAUGUGAAACCAAAAGUGGAAGAGCUAGACAAAGAAUUGAUGCAUCGUUAUACCCAGAAUGGAAGUUUGGAUUUUUCCACCAGCCAGACUAUUAAUGAAACAGAAGAAGAUGACGAGGAGGAAGACAUGUCUGAUUCCAACAGUCCGCCAAUCCCAUAUUCACAAAAACCUGCCCCAGAAGGAUCUUGCACUACUGAUGGUUUUUGUCAAGCUGGCAAAGAUUUGCGAUUAGUAUCGCUGCGUAUGGAACAGAUUGAUAUCCCACCAGGCUUCUUGUUGGUUGGAGCCAAGUCUCCAAAUCUUCCUGAGCAUAUUCUAGUCUGUGCUGUUGAUAAAAGAUUUCUGCCGGAUGACCAUGGAAAAAAUGCACUUUUAGGUUUUUCUGGAAAUUGCAUAGGCUGCGGAGAAAGAGGAUUUCGAUAUUUCACUGAAUUUUCAAACCACAUAAAUUUGAAACUCACCACUCAGCCAAAGAAGCAGAAGCACUUAAAGUACUACCUAAUAAGAAAUGCUCAAGGUGUGCUUUCAAAGGGACCUCUUAUAUGUUGGAAAGAAUGUAGAAGCAGGCACUCUUCUGUUGCUAGCCAUUCUGCUAAACCUAGUUCUUCAGCAUCUCCAUCUGUGACCCCUGAGAGUGGAACAGCCAAUGGAUACAAGCCAGGGUUCACCCAGACAGAGUCCUCAGUAUUCAGUGAAGCACAGUCUUCCUCUGCUGUUAAUUUAAGUGGAAUUCAAGAUUUGACUCGGAAUAAGAACAUAGUAAGACCACUCGCUUUGCCUGGGCAACUUGUAGGAAACACAUUUGCAACAGCUACUCUGACAAGUUCUGGCCCACCCAAGAAACGACAUCGAGGAUGGUCUCCUGGAUCCCCAGUCCCUCCUCCUGGUGUAAUUGUGCCUGUUCCUGCCAUCCGGUCUCUUCCGAGAGCAGAGCCACUUUUAUCCGUCCCAGUUCCGCAAUCAAUGUUAACUGGAAUUUUACAGCCUCAACCCAUCCCUGCAGGGGAGACUGUAAUAGUUCCUGAAAAUCUGCUGAUUAACUCUGGAAUCAGACCAGUGAUUCUAAUAGGUUAUGGCACUUUACCUUAUUUCUAUGGGAAUGUUGGAGACAUUGUAGUAAGUCCAUUGCUAGUGAAUUCCUACAAGAUUCCUCAGCUGGAAAACAAAGAUUUGGAUCUUUUUGGUUUAACUGGGAGUCAGUUACUAAGUGUGGAGAACAUGAUUAUUUUAACAAUACAGUAUCUUGUCUGGCUAGGUCCUGAUAAGAUACCUCUCAGGGAAGAAUUUGAACAAAUCAUGCUGAAAGCUAUGCAGGAAUUUACUUCAAGGGAACAGUCCUCACAAAUGAAUGUGCCGAGCAUCUCCUUGUCACCAGCUCAACUUCCAUGGCUUGCCAAGUUAAUUGCUAGUGUUUCCCAAGACAUGGUACAUGUGGUGGUUACUCAGAAUUCCUUGGCAGAAGGCAUUUCUGAAACACUGCGGUCACUGACUGAAAUGAAGCACCAACAGAGGGUGCCAGAUUAUGUGGUUGCUAUCUGCACCUCGAAGAUCAGAGGAAGUGAGUUCUGUGUAGUAGUUUUAGGUCAAUACCAGUCUAGAGCUCUUGCAGAGAGCAUGCUUACCACCAGUGAGUUUUUAAAGGAGAUAAGUUAUGAGCUCAUUACAGGAAAAGUUAGUUUUCUGGCAUCACAUUUCAAAAACACAUCUUUAGGUGACGAGUUGGACAAGUUAUUAGAGAUGAUGCAACAGAGACGGGGAGAUAACGUUGUCAUUCCAUUCAGUGGGGAUGUUAAUGAGUGUGUAUCAUCUCAAGAAGCAGCUGCCAUGGUUUCCACUCAAGUUCUGGACUUGUAUACAGAAACUUUCCAGAUUUAUCAGCCACAACUCACAGUUGCCAGAAAGCUCUUGUCACAGGUGUGUGCCAUAGCAGAUAGUGGCAACCAAAGUCUGGACCUGGGCCACUUCAACAAAGUAGAUUUUAUUGUUGUAGUUCCUCGUUCAGAGGUCCUUGUUCAACAAACCAUCCAGCGGAUUCGACAAUCAGGUGUUCUUGUAGACUUAGGGCUUGAAGAAAGUGGAACAGCUUACCAAAGAGCAGAAAAAUAUGUUGUGCAGCUUGACAAUGAGAUUCAAACCAAGUUUGAUGGUUUCAUGAGACGAGUGAAACAGAAUCCAUAUACUCUUUUUGUGCUUGUACAUGACAAUGCCCAUGCAGAUUUAACAAGUGCUAUCUCAAGCUCACUGUCUCAUGGUGAGCCUAGUCAAGGACUUGCUGAUAGAGUGAUAAACUGCAGAGAAGUCCUUGAAGCCUUCAAUCUCCUUGUCCUCCAAGUGAGUUCUUUCCCAUAUGCACUUCAGACUCUCCAAUCCCGAAUCAACUCAGUGAAUGAGGUGCACUGGAUACAGUUUGGCAAUAUGGAGGAAAUAUGCGAAGAUGAGAAAUUCUACUUUGGCUUGAAUGAAUACAGCAAGUCUCUGCAGUGGGGAAUCACAAGCCCUCUUCUGAGAUGUGAUGAAAUUUUUGAAAAAAUGGUGAAUACACUCUUAGAGAGGUAUCCCAGGCUGCACAGUAUGGUAAUUCGCUGCUAUCUCCUCAUUCAGCAAUAUUUGGAAGCCUUGAUGGCUCUCACUACCAUGUCCUCACUAAGAGAUCACAGCACACCAGAAACGCUCAGCAUAAUGGAUGACAUCAUCACUGCUCCUGGCAAGGAUAAGAAUGGCCGUGGCCACAUGUUAGUGAUACGAAUUCCUUCUGUGCAGCUGGCAAUGCUGGCAAAAGAGAGGCUGCAAGAAGCACGAGAUAAACUAGGUCUGCAGUAUCGUUUUGAGAUCAUUUUGGGCAACCCAGCUUCAGAGCUUAUGGUUGCCAAGCACUUUGUGAAAAGAUUAAAGGCAUGGAGAGGAAAUGAAGAAGAAGAUUGGUUUCCUCAUACUUACCAAGAUUUAGAAGGUCUACCUUGCAUUGUUGUUUUAACUGGCAAGGAUCCGUUAGGAGAAACGUUUCCCAGGUCUUUGAAAUACUGUGAUCUUCGAUUGAUUGAUUCAAGCUAUUUAACUCGUACAGCCUUAGAACAAGAAGUAGGCCUAGCAUGCUGCUAUGUUUCCAAGGAGACAAUUCGAGGGCCUAUUGUAGCUCUUGACCUUAGUGAAAAGGAACAAGAGAAGACCAGCAUUGGUGAGAAUGAUACUGAUGAGCUGUUGAUUGACUUGGAGAGGCCACAAAGUAACAGCAGUGCUGUGACUGGAACUUCAGGUUCUAUAGCAGAAAAUGGAGUAAGCUCCUCUAGUGCCACAGACAAGUCUCAAAAACCGUCACUGUCUAUGAACUUCCAGAAUGUUGCUACUAGCUCUGUUGAUGAAGGCUUUGCUGCUGGGGAGUCUUUGAAACAAGAAUGUGACUCUCUAGCCAACCAGAUAGCCAGCAGCACCACAUCUAAAUUGUCAUCAGCUUCCCCUUCGAUCAGCCAGACCUUCCGAUGGCCUAACCAGCCAGUGAAAAAUUGCAAGACAUUACACAUAUGCUUACCCCGAAUUGUGAUCUUGUCAAAAGCUGCCUAUUGCUUCCUUGGCUCACAGAAAAGUGGGCAGCCAUCUUUUUCUUCUGCUUUGUUACCUCAUGCCGACGUGUCUUGGGUGAGCUCACUAAGGCCUUUGCUUCAAAAGGAUAUGACCAGUGAAGAGCAGUCUCUUUACUACCGACAGUGGACUGCUGCACGGCAACACCAUGCAGACUACAGCAACCAUGGUGAAACCAGUAGCAGCAGGAGUUUUCAUCCACGACGGCUACUUCUUACAGGGCCACCUCAGGUUGGGAAAACUGGCUCUUAUUUGCAGUUCCUACGAAUUCUCUUUCGAAUGCUGAUCAGAUUGCUGGAGGUAGACGUGUAUGAUGAGGAAGAUAUUAAUAUCAAUCAUACGGAAGAAAAUGAAAUUGCCCAGGCUAGCAGUGAUCAGUGGCCUGACAUUGAAAUUGUCAGGAAAAUGAAUUUUGAUCUCAGUGUGCAUGAUCCCAAAUAUGUUCUUAUGAGUCCAGUCUACACAGAGCAACUGCAAAAAAUAAAGCAGGAACCUAACAAAGAAACCAAAGUUGAAGAAUCCAGAAAGCGCAAUACUGUUUCUAUGAUGCUGACUAAGUAUGCAGCUUACAAUACUUUCCACCACUGUGAACAGUGCCAUCAAUAUAUGGACACAAAUCCUUCGGCUCCGAUGUCUGAUUCUACCCUACAUGCCUUUACAUUCUCAUCCUCAAUGUUAGGAGAAGAGAUUCAGCUACAUUUUAUCAUUCCUAAAUCCAAAGAAAACUAUUUUGUCUUCAGCAAACAGGGCAGGCAUUUGGAAAGCAUGCGUCUUCCUCUUGUGUCUGAUAAGAAUUUGAAUACAGUAAAGAGUCCUAUUUUUACCCCUUCAAGUGGACGUCAUGAACAUGGUCUCUUGAAUCUUUAUCAUGCUAUGGAAGGCAUCAGCCACCUCCAUCUUCUUGUGGUCAAGGAAUAUGAAAUGCCACUUUACCGCAAAUAUUGGCCCAACCAUAUCAUGCUGGUUCUACCUGGCAUGUUCAACAAUGCAGGAGUUGGUGCUGCCAGAUUCCUAAUUAAAGAACUUUCUUACCAUAACCUGGAACUGGAAAGAAAUCGUUUGGAGGAACUGGGAGUUAAACGUCAGUGUGUUUGGCCAUUUAUUGUUGUCAUGGAUGAUUCUUGUGUCUUAUGGAACAGUCAUGUUGUCCAAGAACAAUCUAGUCAGUGUAUGGAUCAAGGAUCAACCAGUAAAAAUGUAUCUCUAAAGAGUGUUCUACAGCAUAUUGAAGCCACACCCAAAAUUGUCCAUUAUGCAAUAGUGGGCAUCCAGAAAUGGAACAGCAAAUUGAAUUCUAGAGCACCCAAAGUCCCCUUUUCCAGAUGCCACAUACAUGAUUUUAUACUGCUUAACAUAGACCUGACCCAAAAUGUGCAAUAUGAUCUGAACAGGUAUUUCUGUGAAGAUGUAGAUUUUAAUCUGAGAACAAACAGCAGUGGCUUGCUUAUCUGUUGUUUUAACAACUUCAGUCUUAUGAAGAAACAUAUCCAGGUUGGCGGUCAAAAAGACUUUGAUAUUAAGCCUAAAAUCAUGGUUUCAGAAAGUUUGACUCCACUAAUACCUCUUCAGUAUGUUUGUGCUCCAGACAGUGAGCACACCCUGUUGGCAGCUCCAGCUCAGUUUCUUUUAGAGAAGUUCCUUCAAUAUGCCACAUACAAGCUUUUCCCAAAGGCCAUCUACAACUUUAAAAACCCUGUCUUAGCUGUUGAUUGUUAUUUGAAUAUUGGGCCUCAGGUAGCUCUUUGCUAUGUAAGUUCACGGCCACAUUCAGUUAAUGUGAACUGCGAAGGGGUGUUUUUCAGUGGUCUUCUUCUCUACCUUUGUGACUCCUUCGUUGGACCAGACUUUCUUAAAAGGUUCAAAUUCCUGAAAGGUGCAACACUGUGUGUGAUAUGCCAAGACAGGAGCUCCUUGCGUCAAACCAUUGUCCGAUUAGAGCUGGAAGAUGAGUGGCAGUUCCGUCUGAGAGAUGAAUUCCAAACGGCUAACAGCUCUGAUGACAAGCCACUCUAUUUUCUGACUGGGCGCCAUAUAUAAGCUUGAGCCAAUGGCACAGGACACAGGAGAACCUAAUGAGCUGGAUUAUAUCUUUUUCCUUAUUUCAGUUAAUGUACAAUCACUGUGGAGUAAAGUGCAACC